AUGAACGACCCAACAGUGGUGGGACUUUACUCGAUGUGGCAAGACGGCCGGCUCCAUGACGAGGACAUCACCAGACGGGGAGGAGUCGCCCUUCUGCGAUUCCUGCGGACGGUAGCGCAAGGAUUGCCAGAAGAUACCCUGGCGGAACAGCCCGCCGUAUCCAUCGCGGAGACUUUGCCCGCGUCACAGCAGGAGACGAUCCCUUUUGUAUGUGCAGGCCCGCGGCCGUCCCUGAUGUCCUGCACAUCCAGAGUUGCCGGUGAUGGGCGCAGAAGGUCCAGCUUCGCCUUCGACGCCGGCCAAGCCACGGGGCCCUUCGAGUGCGGCCGUGACGAGUAUGGGCCGAAGCUCUGCCAAGGCGCCUUCAACAGCAGCUUCGACGUUGGCAUGCACAACGGCAGCGUGACCCAAGCCUUCGAGUGGGACACCUACGGCUACUUCGUGGGCUGCAACGUCUUGGGACAUUUCCCGUUUCCGAACUACAAGAUCUACUACCCCAAUGCGGUUUGGUACAGCCUUCCAGGGCCCUGUCCCUCCAGAAACUACACGCAGUGGGACGACAAGUGUCGUGAGAGACAGCCCGGCGGCUAUUGCGAUCAGACGCCCACUGGACAGGGCAACUGCACGUGGACCUACGAGGAUGCCGGUGAGAUCACCAUCGAUGAGCUCACGGACAUCCGGAACUACACGUCGUUUUUGGAGUCUGGGAGGCAGGAGUACAUGCGUUGGGCCGACCGCGGCAAGGGUUGGACCUGGUGGGACUCGAAGCGGGAUGAGCUGGCGAACGAGUGGCGGCUGAUGUUGGCGGAGGAGCUUUUCGCCAAAAAGUAUCCGAAUGCCACGCCCGCCUCCGAGAUUCCCGACCCGAAGUGUGACUUCAACAUGAGGCGCUUCUACGAGGACAAAGGCUACUACGCCACAGAGUGCCACACAGCCCAGAAAGGCGAGCGAUGCUACAAGGAUGUGAUUUGGGCCAAGCACGAUGGCAUCUGGAAGCAUCCAGAGUGGUACAAGGGGCUGACCCCUUCCUCGACCUUCGAGGAGUUUCAGGCCUAUCUCUACCGCACGAGCCCGAUCGGAUCCCCGUGUCCGCCGCCGUGUACCUGA